AUGUCUUUCCGUGGAACACCCCGAGGCGGCCGUGGCGGCUUUAGCGGAGGAAGGGGCGGAUUCACUCCUCGUGGAGGCCGCGGUGGAUUUGGCGGAGGCGCAUCUUUCGGACCCCCAGACCAGGUUUUCGAAAUGGGCACGUUCGUCCACGAAGUCGAGAACGAAAUGUUCUGCGAGUCCAUCAACACCAAGAUCCCCUACUUCAAUGCGCCUAUCUACCUCGAGAACAAGACACCCAUCGGCAAGGUCGACGAGAUCUGCGGUCCCCUGAACCAGGUCUACUUCACCAUCAAGCCCCAGGAAGGCAUCCAAGCCAAGUCGUUCAAGGCCGGCGACAAGUUCUACAUUGGCGGUGACAAGCUCCUGCCGCUUGACAGGUUCCUGCCGAAGCCCAAGCCCGCCCCCGGUGCGGCCAAGGUCAAGAAGCCUGCCGGCGCUGGUGGACGUGGUGGUGCUCGUGGUGGCCGCGGUCGUGGUGCACCAAGAGGGCGCGGCGGUCCCCCAGGACGUGGUGGACGUGGUGGCUCUUUCGGCGGUGGCUCCUUCGGUGGCGGACGCGGUGGCAGCGGUGGUUUCUCUCGUGGCGGCUCUCGCGGUGGACGAGGCGGCUUCACCCCCCGUGGGCGAGGUGGAUACUAA